AUGAUUCUACAGACUCCUAAAGACAGCAACCACACCGCACGAACUGUUCGCGAAGACACGGCCGAUUUAGCCACCUACGUCCUCACGGAUGGCAAGGACGAAGGGAGCCGUUCUUUCCUCCACCGCUCGCGACCCUCGGUGUCAGACGCCUUCUCCUCAGAACCAGUCGAGUCCGAUUCAGGCGAAGACCGAAAUCAGGACGUUAUUCUCGAAGUCUCCGAACCCCCGAGUCCCAAUGAUGGGGAGCAGGAACAGGAAGACGAGGGCCCCUCGGCGCUCGCGAAUCUGUUGAGAAAGUCACCGCCGCAGUCUAUUGCGCCGGAUAGGUCACGACCCAGGAAGGCCCUGGGACACGAAAGGUCUUCUGACGAGCCUCAAGACCUGAGAUCGCGGCGGCCGACCAGAGGGGAAGAUGCAUCGGACGACGAGGAGCACACCGAGAACACGCCUCUACUCAGCGGAACCACGUCGCGAAGCCGCACACCCGACGAGGACUUGGAGGGCAUGAGGCCAGAGCCACGCAAAAGUUGGAUUGGAGGCCUGAAGUCCCGUGCGCAGGGUGCAGGGCGUCAUGCUGUUCGUACCUUUGCCGUGGCAGCGAACCCAAAGCAGUGGGAUGGAAAAGUCAUCUGGCAGACGUGCUGCGUUGCGCCGGCUUCGUGCUUGCCUGCCGUGUGUGUUGGACUUCUGCUCAAUAUCCUGGAUGCGCUGUCUUAUGGCAUGAUCUUGUUUCCUCUGGGCAAGCCCAUCUUCUCGCAUCUGGGACCCGCUGGAAUAUCGAUUUUCUACGUCAGUACAAUUGUUUCGCAGUUGACAUUCUCGACCGGGAGUAUCUUCAAGGGGUCCGUCGGGUCUGAACUGAUCGAGGUAGUCCCAUUCUUCCAUAACAUGGCACAGAAGAUCACCGACAUUGUAGGCGUGGAGAACCCUGACGCAGUAAUUGCUACGACGAUUGUGUCGUACUCAAUGAGCUCCAUGAUAACGGGGCUUGUCUUCUACCUGAUGGGCAAGUUCAAGUUCGGCUUCAUGGUGGGCUUCAUCCCUCGACACAUUCUCAUUGGCUGCAUUGGCGGUGUUGGCUGGUUCCUCAUUGCGACUGGCUUCGAGGUGUCUGCCCGCUUGGAGGGUAGUCUGGAGUAUGACCUGGACACGCUACACAAGCUGACACGUCCUGAGACGCUCCCGCAGUGGAUUGUGCCUCUGGUGUUGGCCAUUGUGCUGUUCUGGGGACAGGCGAGGGUCAAGUCCAAGUACUUCCUGCCACUGUUCAUUUUGGCGAUUCCCCUGAUUUUCUACAUCUUUGUCCUGUCAUUAAAUGCGCUUGAGAUCGACAACUUGCGCGACAAGGGCUGGAUCUUUGAGGGUCCUCCGGCUGGCGAGCCCUGGUGGUAUUUCUAUACCUUGUUCAAAUUCACACUGGUUCGCUGGGAUGCCGUGGCGGAGUGUAUUCCUGCCAUGUUUGCCCUCACCUUCUUCGGCAUCCUCCACGUCCCGAUCAACGUGCCCGCCUUGGCUCUUCAGUGCGGCGAGGACAAUGCAGAUCUGGACAAGGAGCUACGCCUGCACGGCUACUCCAACUUCGUGUCAGGAUGCUUCGGUAGUAUCCAAAACUACCUCGUCUACGCCAACACGCUGUUCUUCAUGCGCUCUGGCGGAGACUCUAGGCUUGGAGGAUACAUGCUUGCCGCUUUGACUUUUGGCGUUAUGACCGCGGGCCCAUCGAUAAUUGGCUUCAUUCCUGUCAUGAUGGUCGGCUGUCUCAUCUUCGACCUAGGGUUCGAACUACUACUGGAAGCUGUCUGGCUUCCGCGGAAGAAGCUGAAGCUGGCAGAGUUUCUGACCGUGAUUGCCAUCGUGCUCGUGAUGGGCAUUUACGACUUUGUCAUUGGCAUUGGUGUAGGUAUUGUACUUGCCUUCGUGUCGCUCAUUGUGCAGACAUCGAGAGUCUCCGCAGUGCGCAGCACAUUUGCCGGCGACACCGUCACGUCGACUGUGCGCCGCAAUCCAUCGCAGCACCACUAUCUCCAGCGUGUGGGCGGGCAGAUCUUCGUCAUGAGACUCACUGGCUACUUGUUCUUUGGCACCAUUGUCAGCGUGGAGAACAAGAUUCGCAGCCUCCUCGAACACAAGGCAUUCUCGGAGAAGCCAAUCAAGUUUCUCGUACUUGACUUGUGGCAUGUCACGGGACUGGACUACUCAGCUGGCGAGGGCUUCAACACGAUCAGCCGACUCUUGGAGAAGAAGGACGUGGUCUUGGUGCUCAGUGGUGUGGAAGACGACAGCCAGCUUGGCCGAAACUUGCGCGCGGUUGGUCUUGGUACUAACGGCAUCGAGGUCACGAUGCUUCCAGAUCUGAACUCAGCUCUCGAGAGCUGCGAGAACGAGCUGCUGAAGACCCUCUACGCGAGGCAGGCAGAAAUGAACUCGACCAAACGAGUGGCAACAGCUAGCCUGGAUGUUCCCAAGCAGACAGAGUCGAGCUUCUCCUCGUUCGACCCACCCUUCAACUCGCCCCGGCAGACGCAUCUAGCGGAGGCUGCAAGCGACGCCAUCAGGUCGGACGAAGUGCAACAGCCGCAGAAAUGGCAAUCCUUCAAGGAGCCGCUGCGUCUCAUGCUGCAGAUCUUCCAGGGUCUGAGCGACAAGAAUGAGGACUUCUGGUUCCAGCUUACGCACUACUUCAAGCGCCGCGAGCUUGGCGCAGGUACAGUCUUGUUUCGCCGGGGCGAGGAAGCCAACGGCUUCUACCUCGUGGAGCGCGGCAUCCUGCGGGCCGAAUACGACCUGCCACAGGGGUGGCUCUGCGAGAGCAUCAUGCCCGGGACUACCUGCGGUGAGCUGCCCUUCUUCAGCGAGACGAAUCGGACGGCGACGGCGCAGGUGGAAAUGGAUUGUGUGGUGUGGCAGAUGGACCGGGAGGGCUGGAGAAAGCUUCAACAGGAAGAGCCCGAGGUAGCGCGGGAGUUGCUCAGAGUGUCACUCAAGUUGACGAGCGAGAGGAUGAGCUCGAUUACUUCGCCAAAGUCACAGAAGGAGGAAGAUGACGAACUCAUAUCACCACUCGAAGACUGUGGCGUCACAAAGCUCCUAUCGGAGCACGAUCUGGUCCUGCGAGACGUUGUACAGGCAAUGCGCUACAUAAAGAACCACAUGUUCUCCCCUGUUCCUGAUCGUGGGCUCCAUUCCACGAGGACAGCAGAGCUGCUGAACUUUAGGCGCUGCAUCCCCGGCAUAGUCACCAUGGGACAUUUGCACGCGGUCUUGGACUCACCCACCGGUACGGAGAGGGAGGUCAUCGAGCUGAUCAGCAAGGGCGUCCUGCGAAAGAUACGAAUCGAGAGACGAGGCGGGAUGGGCGAAGCCCUCAUUGAGACGGCGGACUAUCACAUGAUGAUUGAAGAAUCGCCGUUGGACGAAGAACUCAAAACCAUGUACAGGAAGUACCUGAAGGAGAAUCCGUCUGUACAGGUCAUCCCCGCCGGGAGCCUUUCGCCCUCCCACGCCGAUGCCCUCAUCCGCUUGGGGUUUCUGACCGGGUCCGGGCCGAGUGGUAACCCUUUCACGACCCUCUCCGUCCGCCCCGAGGAUCGGACAACAGUCACCUCCAUCGAGCGAAUAUCGAGAUAUGCGUCUGGGAGCGUCUCCGCGGUGGGGGGCCACAUGGCCGUGCACCUCGCUGGUGGAACACCGGGGCUUUCCAGGUCCAACUCGUCCUCUUUCGGGGACUUGAGGAUUGCGGUUCCCGGCAACGGGGCGUACCUGAAGCUCGCGGCUGGAGGCGUGGAUUGGAUCAAAGAUGCGCUGGCACGGACAAAGUGGGGGGAGGCCCCUGAGAGCAACUUGAAAGACCGGUUCCAUGGCGGAGGUCUCUAUGGGCCGAGAUGGAAGGACCUGUGGGGAUUGGAGUGGGACUGGGCGUUGGGCGAGGCCAUUGGGUUGGGUGUUGUCGAGAUAUUUGACACGGGAAGUGUUGGCAGAGGUGUCAGAGCCAUUGGAGGUUGA